AUGGCUGUGAGUAGACGAAUAUUAGGGAUCGGUGGUAGCCUUCUUAUGAUUUUAGCCUGUAUUUUGUACAUCGUCAGCAAUGCAGUACCGAUAUGGGGUACAGUAAAAGUGGGACAAGCCACAAACACAAUUGGCUUAUGGCAAGGCUGUAUUUCAAUACCGGGUUACACACAAUGUAGUGCUUUGGUCUGUCUACUACCAGGUUCUACUCCCUGCAUAAAAAAUGGAGCUGCCAGAGCAUUUGUUACGCUUGCCUGUAUUUUUUCAGCAGUCGCUGCGCUAUGUCUUUUGGCAUCUGCGAUUCUAACAGAUGUAAGUAAACUUUUGGCUAUGAUGGUCAAGAUAGUUCCAUUCAGUUCACUUCUGGUGGGUGUCAUUGGUGUUGGAGUGGGUAUCAAUUUGGUCACUUACAAGACUGUAUUUUCAAUUGGUGCGGCUGCGAUAGUUGGAAUUCUUGCGCUCAUUCUCAAUCUGGCUGGUACAAUUCUUGCCUUUCUGAUUCAAUGA